AUGUCGCCCCACCUUCCGACCCAUGAGGACGACGAGUCCACCAGCCUCCUCAACGGCAACGUCCGCCGCAACUCUGUGCAGAUGGCUAGGGGAGACGGCAUGGUGUCGUUGUGGGCGGGUAUUGGCCUCCUCUGGACCAUCAUGACAGUUCAGGCUUGGAUUCGUUGGAUAUUCUCCGACGAGUUUGCUCCUGCCCCUCUAGACACAACAGACGAGUACCCUCUGUAUAGAAACGUAGGCCUUCGCCUUGUAGAGGCUGCGUCGACAGCAAUCACCAUUGGAUUUACCUGGUUCUUUGUCAUCAGCCCCAUACGGGUUGGCAAGCUCAACGCGGCACCAAGACAAAAGCGAGAACUCAGCCUUGACGGCAAAUUUGUCAUUGGAGGGCUUUUGACCUGGUCGUCAGAUGCCUUCCUCAACUGCCGCCAAUACAUCUUUGCCUUCAACGCGCACAGCGUCAACUUGGGCGUCUGGACUCCGUUCAUGCCCUUCGAGCGUCCCGGCGGACCUUCGCGCUACGCCGAAAGCCUUCUAUGGGCGCCUCCGAUGUACAUCUACUUCUGCGCCGGCGUCGCCAUGAUGUCGUGCGCCUGGACUAGGAUCCUGCGCCGCCGCUACCCGGACCUCUCGGACUCCACUGUCACUGUUCUGGUCCUGAUCUUCAAGUUUGUCUUUGACUUUGUUGUCGAGAACAUCAUCAUUCGCUGGACGCACGCCUACAGCUUCACCAAGACAUAUGGCCCCCUCACGCUCUGGGCCGGCGAGGUUCAUCAGUUCCCAAUUUACGAGUCGGUAUUGGUGGCCAUCUUGGGUACACUCUUCACACACCAGCGUAUGAAGGCCUUGGACGACCCCGACCACGUGAGCCCCGUCGAGAAGGGUUACGAGCGCUGGCCGGAGUACCUGCAAGGAACCGUCAGGCUACUAGCCGUGAUUGGCUUCUGCUCCCUUUCCUGUGUCGUUGUCUACCACUUCCCUCUGAACUGGCUCGGCACCGCCGCGGGCACCAGCUAUGCCAAGAUGCCCAGUUAUCUGAAAAUUGGAAGAGGUGACAUGUGGGAUGGAACACUCGUCAAUAGCACCGUCUUCUGA